CAUAAUUUCUUCCCGUUUCAGAAAACUUUCCACAAGUACUGUAUCUCUAAUAGACCAACAUCACGACACCAAAUAAUAGACUCCACCCAUAGAAUACAUGAUAAACAACACAACAAUUACAAAACUAAGAUGAAUACCCAAAACAACAAUGUAGGAACAGGAGACAAGAAACCGGCAGCCCGCCCUGAAGUCAUUCCAUCUGGUCCAGAAUUCCGGUGAGUUUCCUUUCAGCUGUAUCCGACAGCAAAAUCCGGAAGAGGGUUAGUGGAGAGCGUAUGAACUCUAUACUAUCGUGACAUGAACAGUCGAUGGUGUACUUCCCCCUCUGGAGCAGGUUCACGGAGGUGUUGGAUGAACCUUGACGUAUCCGUACCACCAUUCGGUACGAAGGGAAAUCCACCCGCUCGUAUUAUUUUUUAACUGCCUCUUUUGGCAACGUACACUGUGCGUGUGAGGUAGAACCUGGUAUUCGACGUAAACGUUGGACGCUCACCAACCGGUCCAGUCGGUACGAGGAAAUAAGAGGGGGAUACUGAGUUCUUUCAGAGCAUCGUUUUGGCUAUUUUUUUCGCACACGACUCAGCUUUUGUAUGUGGGUUCAGGGCACGCGUGAUAUGAUAGUUUCACUUAAGGAUAAUUGAUGUCGCACACGCGCGUGUCAGAAUCCGACGACGUUCCAGUAGGUUCUGCGAUUAUGGAUCUGUGCACUUACUGGAACAAUACGUGAAAAAUAUCUGUCUGUUGUGCGGAGAGCAGUUUCAAAUCUCAUCUUCAUCCUUGUUCUCUCUUUCUCCAGCUCCGUAGCUAUUCAACGACCAACCAGCUUAGCUGGAGUACGAAAAUCUGCUCCCUCCGACAUCAUUGACAAGAAAUCAUACUUUCAACCCGAAGUGUCAACAGAAAAGCCGAAGGACGUUAGCUUCAAUCCCGACCAACGGCUUUGGUAUCCCACCCAAUUGCGACCUGUUCCAACCUUUUACCCACUCGAGCGAUCCAGUCGCUUUGUCGAAGAUGAAGUGGGAGUCGUGGUAAGCCGUAUAUCGGAGGCGAAUCGACUUCUUUCCAUCCAUGCCGUCUACUGUAACGAAACAGCCACAGCAGAUUUAUACACUGCUGAAAAUGUCGAGAUGUAUUUAUCCUUAUGGAAAACAUCAGGGAACCAAGAGGGGAUUGUCAUCGAAAUUCAAAGGCGGAAAGGAGAUUCCAUCCAUUUCCACAAAUAUUCAAGGUGUAUCCUGGAUGCAGCAGUUGGGGAGUUGAAUAUGAAGGAGCUCAUCCAGAAGAACGGAGAUGACAUUGAUAUUGUUUACACGAAGAAAAUCGAUCGGCUAUUAAACCUUGAAACAGAGAGAGAUGCCGAAACAGAAACCGAUAAUGCUGUCGUUGCUGUAGAAAUUGCUCACGGUCUUUUGAUGAAGGACCGUAUGGACGCCAGACAAUUGGGUCUUGAGAGUCUUUGUCUACUGACUGAUCCCAGAAAGACGGGCAACAGAACCGCUCUGAUAGCAAGUCAUGUUGUUCUGCUUGGAACUGCGAAAGGCAUGGAUUGCAACUCUUUAGAGCCCGAAGAAGAUUUGAUUGUAGACGAAACACCCUUCCAAGAGAUAAGAGAAAGCAUAUUGUCGCUUGUUCAAUUUCGACGUAUAGGCGAGGAAUGCGACUAUGACCACGAAGCCGAAGCAUGUUCUGAAGACGAGCACAUUACGGUCCUACACAAUUUGGCUCUUGCGGUACUUGCCAAUGCCCUUGACGUCAUUUCGAAGCAAGAUAGUCUGUUGGAUGGUGAUUCAUCUUUAUCAUCUACUCCCGAAGAAGAAGUACCAACUAACAGGCGUCGUCUCGACACCUCAGAGAGCAUUUCGGAACGAUUCUUGGACGAGUCCCUUGAGUGCUCUGGUGGUUCGGAGGACAAGGAGAUAAUGAAAACUCUCAUCUCUGAACUCGGUAAAGCCAACUUGAAGCCCCACAACGCUUGUCUCUCAGCGAAAUGCCUCAAAUCUCUGUGUCGAGCGUCGAACAAAGCCCGAAGUAGAGCGAAGGAACUUGGUGCGAAGACCGUGGUCCAGACGGCCCUUGAUGUUGGUGCGCGUACACACCUAAAACUUGAGCGCGAAUGCAGCCAUGUCAUGACUGAACUGACCCAAACCAACUCAGAAUAAGGAAAAUUAAGUUUGGAGAAUUUUAUCACCAGCAAAUUUCCACGAAUCAACUUGUUGUCUGUUGUUCUAUAACAUUAGUUUACGGAACAAUGAACAACACACCUGCCAUCAUUAAUUUUAUAAUACAAGUAUUAUUAUGUACAUCUUUCGGAACAAAGGUUGGAUAUACCUGAACUCAGUUGCUGUAGCAAUGUUUCUUCAGGCAGAGACUUGAUUUUAUUAGUGCUAGCCACGUUGGAGUCAGAGCUAGUACAAAUCUAAUUCGUGCCUUGAAUGUCACGGAAGGUAUUGCACACCACUGUUGUUUCAUUUUUAUCAUCGGAAUUACUGUACAACGAAACGGUUCAUCCUACCGUACGGUACGGCAGAUAGUUUUGAGCAAAACUUUAGGUACAGUAAAAAGUAAAAAGAUGA